AUGUUGCAACAACAACAAUUACAACAAAAAGAGGAAGGACAUUCCUUCUCAUCGUCUUCGUCGUCAUCUCCGUCGCCGUCUUGUUCUUCAUUCUCUCCUCCACUCUCUCCAAUCGGAGGAGAAAGAAAUGAUGAGCUGAGUAACAACGGUGAGGAAGAGAAAAAUCGUUCCAAAGACUUUUUGGAAGAAACAACAACAGUAGUGCCUUUAAUCCAUACGACCUCUUCCUCAUCCUCAUCCUCCGAACAAGUCGUUGAAGAAAUACCAAUCCAAUCCGUUCUCUCUCCGUUGUUACUGUCCAGUAAGGAUCCUGUGGAUGAUCAAGAAGAGGAUCAUCAUCAAGAGGCUUCUUCAUUCUCGGAGGAGACUGAAGAUGAUGGCUCAUCAAUAUCUUCUUCAGAUCAACAUCUUCCAAACAAUAAUCAUGACAAUUUAAAUCAUGGUGAAACGGGUCAGUCUUCGACAUUGCAGCCUUCUUCUUCUGUUGCAUCAUCGUCAUCCGAACACUCUCAACCAUCCUCCUCCUCCUCUCUGACUGAUCCAUCAAGUACGAAUACAAGUACCUCUUCUCAAUCCUCUCAGCAACAACAACAACAACCACCAAAAGUACCUCCCUUAGAUCCCAGAAUUGAUAUUGAUAGUGUGUUACGGAAUACACUAGCAUUACCCUAUGUUCUUUAUCCUCCUUGCUUAUUUUCUCAUUUGACAUGUGGCCCCAAGAAUAUUCCUCUUUUUGCGUACUUGUUGACAAGUGAAUAUCCAUGGAACUGUCCUGCUCAUAAUUUUUCUAGCAAACAUGACUCGGAAAGUCACAAGUAUGAUGAGGAAAGAGAACAGUAUAUUAUUGGAAGAAUUCAAUUUUUAACAAGAGCUUUGGAUGCACAAUGGGAGUAUCAAAUGAAAAUUCAUAGUCGAGUGGACAAGCUCCAGAAAAAGGUUCAACGAACUCAAAUGGAAAAUGUGUUUCUUCAGUCAAUCAAGCCUUUUUGUGAAAAGAGGAUGAAGGAAGUUCAAUUAUAUUUAACCAAAAUUAUUUCGAAUUAUAUAGACGGAGUUUACGAAUAUAAUGAUGGUUCCAUGUAUGCAGAUUUGAAACUAACGAUGAAUACUAUCAAAACAAAACUAUCUUCUUCAACGCUGACAUCCACUACAAUGAUUAAAGCGGCACAAAUGAUGCAAUUAAUGCUGGGAUUGGAGGAUGUCAGCGAAAAACAGACCUCAAUUAUUGAAGAGACAUCCGGCUCCAAACAGCCCAAACCUAAUGAAAAUACUUCUCCUUAUGCAGUUUACUGCAGAGAGCUUGAUGUUCGAAGAGAAGAAAUGAAAUUCUCCUAUGCGAAUAAUCCACACGCAAGAAAUGUCGUCGAGGCACGAUGUGAAAAAUUAGAUGAAUUUUAUUCUUCAAAAUAUGAAUUAGGAAAAGGAGUAUUGUGCGGAGAUAUUUUUGUGACAAAGGCAGAAUCAGUGAUGGUAUAUGUUGGAGGGAUUAAUGGCAAGCUGAAAUUUACAAAAGUGCCCGAGUCGAAAAAUGCCAAUAACUAUUGUAUAGAUAUUAAGAAAAACACAGUACUAGUGACUUCUCCAAAAUGCCUACAAAGUUACAAAAUUAACACAAAUCCUCAAUUAGAAACAUCGUUUUCCAAAGAGUUUACGAUUAAUGCAUCCAAUGACAACAUGACAUUUGGACCUGUUACAACUCUGGAUGGUUUAGUUGCUGUUGCUGAUGGCUCACAAAAUGUUGUCUAUUGCUACAGCCCCUAUACCAAGAAACCUUCGCACGGGUUUAAGCUUCCUGUUUAUGAAAACAACAGAAGCAUUUACAUGAUGAAAUUUCAUCCAAUGACUCGAACAUUAUUUACCGCAUCAUCCAAUGUGAUAUUUUCAGUCUUUAUGGAGAAUCGCUUCUACGAUGUGCCCUUUGUAGGUUUUGGAAGCACUGUCACGGACUUUUGUUUUGAUCCAACCUCGGCAUCAGUACUACUCGCAAGCUGUGCCGAUCGAAAUGUUUAUUUAUUUGACUAUAGACAACAAGUUUCACCAAUAUUGAAAUUGCAAGGACAUGCAGAUAGAGUGGAAGCAUGUGACUUUUCGCUUGUGGGAGGAGUACCAUUUGUUUGGAGUGCAGGAUACGACGAGUCCAUUCGUUGCUGGGAUUUGAGAAUGCAAGCGCCUCUAUAUGAGCUCUCGACAGGUAAUGGUCGACCUCUAUCGAUUCAUUGGCAUGACUCUUCCUCCACAUUGUUAUGUAAUGCUGCAUUUGAUCAUUGCAACAGCGAGGAAUGGCCAGAGACUGCCAUACACAAUCGAAAACACUUUUCAAGGAAAUUUAGUAUCACAUCAUCUGCCAUUAUUAGGUAUCAAUUUAAGGAUUCAAUUCCUUUCAAUGCCAGUGCUCAUUCUUCAGCACGAUCUCCAGUGCUUGGUGGAUCUUCAUCCGUUUCUUCCAACAAUAAUCACUACAACAAUAACCAUUCAACACAUUCUUCCUCAAAGAAGAGUUCCCAAAAAUCAAAGCGAAGAAAAUAA